GAUCGGGAAGUCUCUACCUCCUUCUCCUUCUCCCUCUCCCUCUCCUUCUCCUUCCCCGCUCCUCAAAUAUUGAUAAAUAGUUCAGUAGUAUCUACAUUUUCCCUCUUCCUUCCUUGCAGUUUCCUAUGAGUACAUUGAUCAAAUCUGCGUUCAAAUUUUCCACUCGUCCUCUCACGAAACGAUCUCACAAUCUCUCUUUCUCUACAACUACCGCACGCUACAUCAUGAAUUCUGAAACCUCGGCCUAUCAAAGUUCUUUUGGAGCUGAAGGCAAUUCAGGAAAUGCUCCAAAGCAAAUAGGCCAAUUGCAAAGUCUCAAGUUACAUGAUGGAACUGAAAUUCCAAUGCUUGGGUAUGGUCUUGGAACUGCUCAUUUCAAAUCCAAUGCAGAUGCGGGGGUCGAUAAUAAGAUUGUGAAAACGGCUGUCAUGGCCAUCAAUGCUGGCUAUUAUCAUCUAGAUGGAGCUGAAGUGUAUGGGAAUGAAACGGAGAUGGGUAUGGCAAUCAAAGAAUCCCGUGUUCCUCGGGAGAAAUUCUUCAUAACUACCAAAUUUUUUGGUACCAAAGUACUUGACACUCAAGCUGCAUUUGAGGAAUCUUUGAAGAAGCUACAACUCGACUAUGUCGAUCUCUACUUGAUCCACUCUCCAUAUUUUGCCCAGACCCCCCAAGAUUUACAGAAGAAAUGGGCAGAUAUGGAAGCAAUUUAUGCAUCCGGAAGAGCGAAAUCUAUUGGAGUGUCUAACUUCCUACAAAAGGAUAUAGAAACUAUUUUGGAGACGGCAAAGAUUAUCCCUUCAAUCAACCAGAUUGAAUAUCACCCUUAUCUCCAACAUGGAUCUCUCGUUCCUUUCCUUCGCGAAAGGAACAUAGCAGUCGCAGCCUACGCUCCCUUGACCGCUGCCGUCAAGGCUUCUCCUGGACCUUUGGACGAUACCUAUUCUAUUCUAGCUAAGAAGUAUGGAGUCACACCCGGUGAGAUUGCAUUGAGAUGGGUUAUUGAUCAGGGAAUCGUAGCAUUGACUACUAGUGGAAAUGAGGACCGAUUGAAGGGAUAUCAAAAGAUUAAACAGUUCAAACUGACACCGAAGGAGGUUGAGGAUAUCUCUCGGAUCGGUAGCGAGAAACAUUACAGAGGGUUUUGGGAGGAUAAGUUUGCGCCGGAUGAUAGGUCAUAGAUGGAUUUCUUGAAGGAAAGAUUGAGGAGGAUUUUGCAAAUAUAUUGGAUCAUUGAACUCGGUUGCAAGAUUGAAUUUUUUCGUGCUUGUACUGGCGUCUCUCUUUCGCUGUCUUACUAUGUCGUCAACAAUACCAAUUACGAGUUUUAGCAUUAGCGACUUUGAUGAGAAGCAGGCAUGACCUCGUCUAACUGGGUUAUACCCGCAUUGAACAAGUAUCAUAUGGAAAAAAAUAUUUCGAGGGCCCAGUAAAAAUGGUCAGGAAACGAUGAUGAGAGUACUAGGACUGGUUGAACGUUUUCGCCAUGGGUAAUCAUGAACUAUUAAGCUCAAACGUAGGCACACCGAGAAAAGAAAUACCAGCACAUCUUGGAGAGUUCUCUGGUAGUCGGCUCUCCAAGCGACUGACUAAUUCCUAACGGGGAAAGUAAGUGUCCCAUACCUUAUGUUAGGCGAGAAAAGAUGACUUCAAAACAAGAUGGCUACUUGCAUUUAAUUUAAUAGGGUUCUAUCUGGCA